GCAGGUCGCGGCAGGGACACCUCGGGGGCAGCAGGGCGAAACGCUGGAGCUGCCCGCAGUGCCAGCAGGACAUCUGCUUCAAGUGCCGCCCGAAGCCGCAGGACGGCCGGGUCCUGGCGGUGCUGCAGCACACGGGCCCCGCCGCGCUGGAGGAGGUGCCGGCGGGGAUCCCCCGGGCGCCGCUGGAGCUGGAGCUGGACGUGGAGCCGCAACAGGCCGUCGUGUUCCAGCGCGCCCUCCGCGGCGCUGCGUUUCCUCUGCGCCGCGCGCGGCUUCUGCGCCGGGGACGCCGCGGGGCCCGGUGCCGCGGGCGGCGGGGCCGGCCUGGAGGUGGACCUGGAGGCUGCGGCCUUCGCCAGCUACCAGGUCCGCUUCCGCCCCGCCGCCACGGCCGACGCCAGCCGGGGCGGCGACGAGGCAUGGAUGGAGCUGCCUGCGACAGGAGGCGCCGCGUUCGACGCGGUGCAGCACGCGGUGUGCUUCGACGUGCCGCUGCUGGCUGGCCUGCCGCUUCCGCGAGGCGAGCGGCGCGGGGUCUUCUCCGCGCGCCUCUCGGACAGGCACGGGCGUUGGACGGCCUGGUCGAAGCCCAGCGAGCCCGUGCUCCUCCGGGCCCCUGCCUUGGUGCCGCCCCGCGCCGAGAGCGCGGGGGCGAACCUGAUGGUGACGGCUGCCGGGACGGGAGGCGCCCUGCUCGAGUGGAGCGCCUUCCGCCCGGGCCACGAGGACGCGGGCGCGGGCCUGGGGCUCCAGAGCGCGGGGGGCCCCUUGCAGAGGGUGGCGUACCGCGUGCGGGCCUACCGGCGCCGGGGAGGCAGCGCGGAGUGGGCGGCGUUCCCGCGCGCCGACGCCCAGGUGGAGAGCGAGCGGAGCGGCUCCGGCGUGCUGUCGUGGGAGGUGCGCGGCUUGGACGCAAGGUACGAGCACAAGUUCCACGUGGACGCGCGGUGGGUGGACGUGCCCGCUGCCCUCGGGGCUCAGGAGUGGAGCGCGCCCAUCUGCUCCGUGACCCUCCAGGGCGCCGCCCGCGUGGAGCCCGCGGUCCCAGCGGCGCCGCGGGCGGAGGUGGUGGCAUCAGACUGCGGGAAGCUCCACAUGGAGGUCCGGUGGUCAGUCGAAAGGACGCUCCUCGCGGACAGCUCGCAGCCGAGUCUUCGUCACCAAGUACGGUAUGCGAAGGCCGCCGUGGCCGGCGGGGCGGAGGAGAGCCUGGCGUGGCGCACGGAGGCCCCCUUCCUGGAGGACGGGCCCGCCGCAGCGAUCGCGUGGGAGGUGGUGAGCCGCCUGUGGGCCCUCGACGCGGGCUGCGCGUACCGCUUCUCGGUGCGCACGGGCGGCUCGGGCGAGGCCGCCUCUCUGCGCUGCAGCCACCCCUGCCGCCGCGAGGGCCCCCCCUGGGCUGUGAAGGAGCAGCCGGGAGUGUACCGUCGGGCGCCGAUGGUCGAGAGGAGAGUGCACCCAGUCCUCCCGGGCAACAACGGGCAGCACGACUUCAACCUGGUCGAGGCGGAGGACGCGGAGCCCGAGGACGACUCCUGGCUGCCCGCCUGGCUGUCCGCUUCUCCCGCGGCUUCCUGCGUCGGCGGCCGGGGGGAGAACAGGCGCCGCUGCUGCGCCCCGACGCACAUGGUGGCCCCGCUGCAGCUGGAGCCCGCCGCCGCCCCCGACGCCGCCCCGCGCUCCUCGAAGGCCGCGCGGCGGGAGCCGCAGGGCUCGGAGGUCGCCGAGCAGGGCGGCGAGGAGACCCCCCGCGAGAGGAUGGCCAGGCGCAAGAGGGUCGUUCUCGUGACCAUCGUCGCCGUAUGGCUCGCCAGCGGCGCCUGCGUGUUCGCCUCGAUGAACCUCGGACCGAUCCGGACCAUCUACCUCAUGGUGCAGAUCAUCACGACUGUCGGCUACGGCGACUUCGUUCCCCAUUCCCAGGCGGAAAAACUAGCUUGUACUUUCAUCGUGAUGAGCUCCACGCUGCUGGUUGCCAACAUAAUUAUGGCUUCUGUUGCUGAGUACGUAGAUAAGGGUGCUGACGAACUAGCAAGCGAUAUGGAUACAAUGACUGACAAGAUCAGCGACUUAAAGAAUGCGGAAGAGGAAUGGUCAUCAGCCUUUAAGGAUGACCGUUCCCGUUCGAAGCAGGAGCUGGUGUUACCGAAGGAUAUUGCAGUCAAGCAGCGGGCAGAGCGGUGGCAUCGAGCCCGGGCAGAGGUAAGCGUCAGUGCCAUUGUUUUUAUAGUUUGUUUGCUAACAGGUGUUCUCUUCUUUAAGAUGGUGGACAGGUGCAACGCUGAACUUUUAGACAAUGACUGCGACGAAAACGGUGGGCGAGUUUAUACCUGGAUCGACGCACUCUACAUGAGCGUGAUAACCAUGACGACGGUCGGGUUUGGAGAUAUCGUGCCCCAGUCCAAGAUCGGGCGAGUGUUUGCAACAUUGUGGAUGAUAGUCAGCGUGGCCGUCACGGUUCGGCUGUUGGGCAGUAUCUCCAACGUCAUCGACCAAAGUCUACGUGCGGAUGUCCAGUCUCAGAUGACUCUCGAGUUGUUCCGGGAGAGCGACGAGAACAACGAUGGUCAAUUGGACGAGGUGGAGUUUAUGAAGCUGCAACUUGUCCAACACGGGCUUGCCUCCAAAAAACAAGUUCAAGCAAUCCGCACCCAAUUUAAACUCAUUGCUGGCCGCGAUCAGCGGAUCUCAAUGGAUGAGUACGCAUCGUAUUUUCUCCCAGGCGAUCACCAUGUUCCAGCAGAGAAAACGUCCAGAUGGUCGCGCUGGUUUAGAAGACGGGCGUCGACGAGCGACAGCCACUGA